AUUUACCGUGUGUUCUUCAGGCCCUCUUCAUGCACAGUGCAAAGUGGAAUGGUACUUUGGGCUUCCCUGCAGUCAAGUGUAUGAAGCCUUGGUCACUCAAAUUAAAAAGUGGAGGACAAUGUCAAGUUGUGCUAUGGGUGGAGAAAAGUGUUUAUAUAAGCUCCAGUCAGCCUCCGUCCACUUCAUUACAGCAAAGCACACAGCACCAAGGAAGAAAUAUGUGGAAGAUAUAAACUUUAGACUGGAUCCAUAUAAAUUCUUCACCCAUUGCCAUGUAUCAGCCAUGUCAGUCUCAGAAACCUGGUAUGCUGUUAGAGACCAUGGCACUAAUUACUGCAACCUCUACAACUUAGUGGAAGGGAGUGGACUGACUGAGGCUCCAGGUUAUAAGGAAAUCACCAGUGAAUUCCUGUGCACACAGCGAUCCUCUGCCAAUUGCACAAUUUACUGAUGCUGGCUUCCUUUCAAGUAAAAUAUUCGCUACAGGUGACAGGUCAACAUUAUAGCAAUAGACAUAUGCAUUAAAGAUGCUAAACAUACAGUAAAAUGUAAUAAUGUUCAUUAUUAUAUCCACAUUCACUGGAUAUGAGCAAUCGCACACUCUGAUUGGCUCCUGUACUAUUAGGCUAUCAGCUCAUAUACCACGAGUAGAGAAAUACAAAAUGGCAGCGCGUGUUGCUGAACCAACUGAGGAUGAAAUAAAAGCUCUACUCGAAAACAAAACCCCAAAAAAAUACAAAAAAGGCAACAAA